GAUAUAUUGAUCGUAAUGGUAUGGUGAUAUUAUAGCUGCCAGUUAAGAGCUACACUAUCUACCUACCAAAACCACAACUGUGUUGAGACCUCUUUCCUGCUCCUGUAAAGACGAGCACUCGCUUCAGUGGUGUGCUCUAGCCCAUUGAUACGAUGGAUAGCCACUGCGUUUACAUGCAACAGGUUGUGACAAUGGAGGAAAGGGCGGGACUAUAAAUUCGAGGAGCGGUGAGGAACAAGGGAAAGUAUCUUGGUUAUGUUGAAAGUCACAACCCAAAAUCCCGAAACGGCUUUACGCGCACAAUCUCUCAAUGCCCACGAUAUCUUACCCGUCAGCUACGGUGUCUGACGGCAACAGAACACUGCCGACGACGUAUCCAUCAUAUACUCUGGAAACAUAUCUACAGAGUCCACCGACAUCUGUACCUGUGACUGAGCGACUGAUCGCCAAUCAGAAGCCGGAGACCCUACAAUAUCGCAAGGAACAGACAAAGACGGAACUUGACUCGUGGAGUUACAAUUUUGAGAGGGCUGCAAAACCAAGAGACUAGGUUAGAGAAAUCAAAGAAGGUUGAAUAGUUAGCACGAAACUUAGAAGGAGUUCAAUGUUGUUCAAGCUGGUAUUUUGAUAUUAAACAGCACUACUUCGUACUACUAGUAGUACAGCACCUAGACAUGUUUGGUGUAAGAGCCUAAGAGGUUAAUUUAGGGACUUGUUUAGGGACUUGUUUAGGGACUUGGGAUCAUCGGAAUGGCACUAAGGAGAGAUAAAGUUAUGUUAGUGGUGCACAGACCACCAUACGUUUGUACCUCUAGACCCCACAUGCGAACAACAUUGAAGAAAGC